CCGAGCCGAGCCGAGAUGAACCGAGUGGAGCCGAGCCGAGAUACCGAGCCGGGCCAAGCCGAGAUGAGCCGAGUGGAGCCGAGCAGAACCCAGGCCAGUAUCAGCUAUACCUGUUCUGUUUCAUGUGGUGACAUGGGUGACUGGGACAACAGUGACGAAUUCGUUCAGCGGCUGGAUUUUUCCAGUUGUGGUGAAGAGAGUGAAGACAGAAGCGUAAAUGAGGAGGACUCCCUAAACUCGAGCCCUCCCAGGAGGUCCGAGUUCCAGAAGUGGCAAGAGAGCAGUCCUCUGCCAGCAACCCCCCCUCAGAGAAAGUUUAGUGAGAUUUUCCUGAGCAGGACGAAAGCCUGGGUGAGUCCCACCUUGAAGCCUUCCCCAGCCGUGAAUAAGACCUGGGGCAGUGCCGAGACACCACUGCACAUCACCUGGAAAAAGCUGCAGCUGUGUGACACCCCCCACACUCCCAAGAGCCUGUUAUCAAAGACAGCUUUUCCUUCAUCUGGGACAAAGGUCCCAGCCAAAGGCUAUCGACAGCCGAGAUACGCUCCUGGAGCUGACUCAGAUGACUCUACCCAAGCUUCUCUUGUCAACAUUAAUCCCUUUACACCAGAGUCGUAUCGACAAAUGCUCUUUCUUUCUAAUGGCAAGAGGAAGACCAGAGAAGAGCUGAAGGAUCCUCGUCCAAGAAGCCAGAUUAAACAGGAGCUACCUCCACAGAGAUGUCCUCUGAAGGAGAGCAAUAUGGUUUCCCGCUACAAGAAGGAGUUCCUGGAACUAGAAAAAAUUGGUGUGGGGGAAUUUGGCUCUGUCUACAAGUGCAUCAAACGCCUUGAUGGAUGUGUUUAUGCCAUCAAACGCUCCAAAAGGCCUCUGGCAGGAUCCUCGGAUGAGCAGCUGGCACUGCGUGAGGUUUAUGCUCAUGCUGUCCUUGGACACCACCCCCAUGUUGUGCGCUACUACUCGGCCUGGGCAGAGGACGAUCACAUGAUUAUCCAAAAUGAGCACUGCAAUGGUGGGAGUCUCCAAGAUGUGCUGUUGGAAAAUGCAAAGUUGGGGCAGUAUUUCCUGGAAGCAGAGCUGAAGGAAAUACUGUUACAAGUCUCCAUGGGGCUAAAAUACAUCCACAACUCUGGCCUUGUGCACCUGGAUAUCAAACCUAGUAAUAUCUUCAUCUGUCACAAACUGGCAGUUGCAGGCCCCUCUGGGCAGGAGAGUGACAGUGAAGAUGAAUUCUCUUCUGGUAUGGUGUAUAAGAUUGGUGACCUUGGACAUGUGACAUCAAUAACAAACCCUCAGGUGGAGGAAGGAGACAGACGGUUCUUGGCCAAUGAGAUUUUGCAAGAGCAAUACUGCAACCUGCCCAAGGCAGACAUCUUUGCCCUGGCACUCACGGUAGCUCUGGCAGCUGGUGCAGCACCGCUGCCUCACAACGGGACCAUGUGGCACCACAUCCGCAGAGGCAACAUCCCACCGAUCCCCCAGAACCUUCCCCGGAACUUUCUUGAGCUCCUUAAGCUCAUGAUCCAUCCUGACCCAGUGGAAAGACCUUCUGCCACAGCUCUGACUAAACACCCUGUUCUCCGUCCUUCAUGUGGAAAAGCUCUGCAGCUCCAGGAAGAGCUAAAUGUGGAGAAAUGCAAGACGGCCAUGCUGGAAAGGCUCGGCGGAGAAGGCAUGUGGCGGCGGCCGGCGUGGCAGGUGUUUCGCCAGUUUGUGAGACAUGAGUCUGAUACAGUUGCCCCAUUGGUACUGGAAAGAUCCAUGAAUCGUGUCCAGUUACUGGGUCGGGUUGGACAGGACCCUAUCAUGAGGCAAGUGGAAGGAAAAAAUCCUGUUACCAUAUUUUCUCUUGCAACCAAUGAGAUGUGGCGGACAGGGGAUAGUGAACUAGGACAGGGAGGUGAUGUCAGUCAGAAGACAACGUGGCACAGAAUCUCCGUCUUCAGGCCAGGCCUCAGGGAUGUUACCUAUCAGUAUGUGAGAAAGGGUUCUCGAAUUUAUGUUGAAGGGAAGAUAGACUAUGGUGAAUAUACAGAUAAGAACAAUGUGAGGCGACAGGCCACAACAAUUAUAGCAGAUAAUGUGAUUUUUCUGAGUGAGGGCUCUGCGAGAGAUAAGGUGUGAGGUUAUUAGUGCUUGAACCCAGGCCAUUCAAUUCCUUUGGAUUUUCAGUGCUUCAUAAUUCUGUAAUCACUUAUAUUACUGUAGUUGCUUUAAGAAAUAAAUAAAAUGUUUGUUAUCUA